UGUUUUGUUAAUUAUACGGGGAGUGAGGGAAGUCGCAGCUGGAAGAAGUAAAGAGAAGAGAAUCGAGAGAUGGGUUCAAGAGGAGGUGCGACGGUUUUGCAGCAGCUGAAUCGGGCGAGCCGAAUGAGACAGAAGCUGCAGACGGCGCUUGAAGCCAGCGCUCUGGAGAUAGAAGACGUGUCACAUCAGCACGCCGGACACGCCGCCAUGAGGAAUAACAACAACGCCGGCGAGACUCAUUUCAACCUCAAGAUCGUCUCUCCUAAAUUCGAGGAGCAGACCCUCGUUAAACGACACCGCAUGGUCUACGAUGCCUUGGCCGACGAGCUCAACUCCGGUCUUCACGCCCUCUCCAUUGUCGCCAAGACUCCCCAUGAAAAGUGACACUUUUCCUUCGUAUUAUUAUUAUUAUUAUUCUGUUUCUCUUUGAGAUUAUUUUUGAUGCUGAUAAUAUAUACAUUUGUGUAUUCUUCAAUUUGAGACGUAAUAUAAUAACAUAUCGUGUUGAAUUCAUUCAUGCGCUUUACUUAUAAUUCAUCAUGAUGUUAAUGGAGGGAGAGAAUGAGAUGAGAGAAUUAGAGGUGGUCAAAAGCAGCCUCAAAUAGUAGUCCAAUUGGAUAAUGGCAAUUGCAGAGACAGAUUUUUGUGGAAUACCAACCGUGCCUUUCCCUGGGAAUUAGUGGAGCCUCUAUUUUCGUUUCAGACAGACAGAGACGCAGAGAGUGCUGGAAUUAACUCACUCUCUCUGUUCAAGCCAAGGCCUUGUUGUAUCAUCGCCUCUCUGGUGUUGUAUGACUUCUACUUCAAGAUAACAAAUCAACCAAAGCAGGAAGAGAGGGAGGCACACAUAAUUAUGUCAUUGACAAUGAACAAGGCCUCUGUUACCAAGGAGCUCAAUGCCAAGCACACCAAGAUUUUAGAAGGUCUUCUUAAGCUGCCAGAAAACCGGGAAUGUGCUGAUUGUCGGAGCAAAGCCCCACGAUGGGCAAGUGUGAACCUGGGAAUAUUUAUUUGCUUGCAAUGCUCAGGAAUUCAUCGCAGCCUUGGAGUACACAUUUCAAAGGUUCGCUCUACUACUUUGGAUACAUGGCUGCCAGAGCAGGUUGCUUUUAUGGAAUCUUUGGGUAAUGAAAAGGCAAACCACUAUUGGGAAAAGGAGUUGCCACCAAAUGCAGACAGAAGUGCGAUUGAGAAGUUUAUUCGUUCCAAGUAUGGGGGAAAAAAGUGGGUUGCAAAUGAUGCAAAACAGCCCGCUCCUGAACCAGCCAGUUCCAACAAGUUGGUAGAAGGUGAAGCCAUCAAUGCUAAGAAACUGAGGCAUUCUCUUGAGGACGCAGUACUUGCUACACACCUUGCGGAAGAUGCUCCUCCAGAAGUAAAACCACGCGCGGGUUCUUUAGAUUUGAAUCACGUGUUUACAAAUUCACCUCUACCAAAGGGGCCAGCACAGAUGACAGAUUCUGUUACAGAAACUAAGAGCAAUGGUGCAACAGAUCUCUUCAAUUUGCUUUAUGUCCAUGAUGCAAAUCAGGAAUGUCCCACUGUACCUCCUGCACGCUGGGCAACUUUCGAUUGUAAGAACAUUAUGAUAUUUCCAUUUAUUGUCUUAUAAUAUAAGCUGGUUUUAGGAACUUUUGAGGUUGGAUAUACUUCUGUCAAUAGACAGCUGCUUUUGAUUUGAUUGCCUACUAAAAGAUGUGGUUAAAUCGUUGGAAAGUGCCGAUUUAUAUUCUCAAAUCCAAAUUGUUGUUUGCAGGACAGGACUGUUGAAUUGAGCCCCCAGAAGUAAUGUUUGGCCAGCUGCUGACAGUAAAGUCAGACUAGUAGUUGAAGUGGGCAAUGUUUGUUCCAGCAAGAACUGUGGGAUUGGACAGUACAUAUAGCUCUUCAUUAAGGAUGUCAAUGAAGGAAUACAUUGUUACACAUCCUUCCCCAUGGUGCUGAGAUAUGUUUUUUUUAGUCUGGAUUUGAAAGAAAGUAGGUUGAAGGGUAUAUUCACGGAUCACCUCACAGAAGGCUCUCUGCAAUAGUAGCAGGAGAACCUCUUUUCUUUAUUAGGAGAAAA